UUUGGGGAAUUUCAAGCGGCACGGUUGGCAACACGUCCAAAUAUGGCCGUCUGUUGUGUAAAAAAGUGUUUAGUUUUCCUCACCUAAUUACCAAAAAAAUCCUUAUCUUAUCAAAGUAAUGCGGUAAAUAGCUUCCGGAUAAGCGACUGAACGCACUCAUUAUAAAUAAAAACCAAUUCUCGCGUUUUAAACACCACCCAAGUGAACGCCCAUUUGCUGGUACAAGUGCCCCACUUUUGGGCAAAUUGCCGAAAUGGAGGAUAUUUUCCAGUGGUGCAGGGACGGGAAUGCCCUCCAGGUGCGGGUUUGGCUCGAUGACACCGAGCACGACAUGAACCAGGGGUGAGUUGUGUCUUUGAGGGAUGACCAUGGGUUCAGUCCGCUGCACUGGGCGGCGAAAAGGGGGCACACGAAGAUUGUGGAGAUGCUCUUGCUCAGGGGGGCGAGGGUCAAUGCCACCAAUCGGGGGGACGAUACGCCCUUGCAUCUGGCGGCUGCACAUGGGCACAGGGAGAUUGUGCUUAUGUUAUUACGUCAAAGAGCUGACGUAAAUUUCACAAACGAACACGGCAACACUCCUUUACACUACGCCUGUUUUUGGGGAUACAGAGAAAUUGCCGAAGAUUUGGUCCAUCAUGACGCCAAAGUCUCUCUUGCUAACAAAUAUGGAGACACUCCACUUGACAAAGCAAGAGGCAAUUUGGCGAAAAUCCUCCACGACAUGGCGGUCGAAUCCGGGCAAGACCUCAAAAAGAUCAUCUUCAAAGACCAAAGUUGGCUGGGCCUGAAAACCCGCUCACGUGACGCCACCCUCUCCCGUCACAAAGGCAUCAACAUUAAAGAAUUACACCAACGUGAAGAAAUCGCCUCAACACCCAGUGGCGUAACAUACAGAGGAACAUGGCAGAAAAAUGACGUUGUUGCUAAAAUCUUAAACAUUCGCGAGGUUACAUCGCGAAUAUCGCGCGAUUUUAACGAAGAAUUUCCGAAAUUGCGAAUUUUCUCGCACCCUAAUAUCCUCCCAGUGAUUGGUUGUUGCAACAGUCCGCCAUAUUUGAUCGUCAUCAGUCAAUAUAUGCCACUCGGAUCGCUUUACAAUGUUUUGCACGAAAGCAGCGGAAUUGUGGUUGAUAAUGCGCAAGCGUUGCGAUUUGCUGUUGAUAUUGCACGAGGCAUGGCCUACUUGCAUAGUCUUGAGCGUAUUAUUCCAGAAUAUCGUCUGAAUAGUCGUCACGUGAUCAUUGAGGAUGAUUUGACGGCGAGAAUCAACAUGGCCGAUGCUAAAUUCUCCUUCCAGGAGAAGGGUAGGAUUUAUCACCCGGCCUGGAUGUCUCCCGAAGCGCUCCAGAAGAAAAUCACCGAUCGCAACUGGGAGGCGUCCGAUAUGUGGAGUUUUGCGAUUUUGUUGUGGGAGUUGGCAACGAGGGAAGUUCCCUUCGCUGAUUUGAAUCCUAUGGAGGCUGGGAUGAAGAUAGCUUUGGAGGGAUUAAGGAUUGCCAUAAAACCGGGGAUUUCCCCACAUUUGUCCAAGUUGAUCAAGAUUUGUAUGAAUGAAGAUCCGGGAAAAAGGCCCAAGUUUGAUAUGAUUGUCCCAAUUUUGGAUAAAAUGCAACGUUGAGCAGUUGGCUGGGUAAAGUUGUAACCGACUAAAAUGAUAGUGUGCCUUGGAUAUUGCCUUCUAUUAAUUAAUACGCUGACAUUGUGUUCUAACCACAGCUUUCUUGCUUAACGGAGGGAAAAUUUUAAAUUUGAAUUUUGAAUCUCUAAAUGGCGCCUCCAAUAAUCGAGAAAGAUGUGUUUUCUUUUUAAUUUGUAUUUAAUGUUUUUAUUUAAUUUUUGUAUGUAUUUUAUUUAGAUGUGCUAUACUAUACAUAAUUUUUUAAUGUAUUAUAUUUAUUAAUAAUUUAAUAACUAUGACAUGUUAAUACUUUUAGGAUAUUAUAUUUUAAUAAUAAAAUGUAACUGUUGUUGGUCAAGAA